GGAGAGCCCGCAGACACUGACAGACCCCGACGGCCUCAGGGACAGCACAGACCUGCAACAAGUGUGAGUCUGAGCCCGUGACAGGACCCCCGUCCAUCUGCAUCACCGCACCAAAGGGACAGUAGAGGCGCCCGGGUUCCCGCCAGAGACCCCACGGCCAAGGAACUUUAUCAAGAGAGUUGAUUGUGGACAUUAAAUACUUCAAGCUCCGUGGAAGAGGACCGAGGAUCUCCAGGUUUUGAUCGUCGAGGAGACAUUUUUUUCAGAGGAAAAAUGAUGGAGGAUCACCUGUCGAAGAUCCCCAUGAUGCCAUCAUCUUCUCCCACUGGAUCAUCCAGCAGCGGCGGGACGGAGGACGGCCGAGGAGCCAAGAGCCCGCCGCCGGGGAAGGCCCUGAGCCCGGCUCUGGUCUGCAAGGUGUGCGGAGACACCAGCAGCGGGAAACACUACGGCAUCUACGCCUGCAACGGCUGCAGCGGCUUCUUCAAGCGCAGCGUCCGCAGGAGGCUCAUCUACAGGUGCCAGGCUGGGACGGGCAUGUGUCCGGUGGACAAAGCCCAUCGAAACCAGUGCCAGGCGUGCCGUCUGAAGAAGUGCCUGCAGGCUGGCAUGAACAAGGAUGCGGUCCAGAACGAGCGCCAGCCCCGCAGCACAGCCCAGGUCCGCCUGGACUCCAUCGAUGUGGACCCGGAGAAGGAGCACCUGGCCACCACGCGGGAACCCACCUCCUCCUCCUCUUCCUCCUCCUCUUCCUCCUCCUCCUCCAACGGCUCUGUCAUCACGUGGCCUCACAUCACCUCCUCCAUGGCCAUCACGUCCUCGGUCGCCCCGCCGCGCUGCAUCAGCCCCCAGAACAACCACCGCUUCAUGGCCAGCCUCAUGACGGCCGAGACCUGCGCCAAGCUGGAGCCCGAGGACGUGGAUGAAAACAUCGACGUGACCAGCAACGAGCCGGAGAGAGCGUCGUCGGAGUACCACAUGGCCCUGUACCCGUCCAGCUCGGAGAACGUGUACGAGACCUCGGCCAGGCUGCUCUUCAUGUCGGUGAAGUGGGCUAAAAACCUGCCUGUGUUUUCCAACCUGCCCUUCAGAGACCAGGUGAUCCUGCUGGAGGAGGCGUGGAGCGAGCUGUUCCUGCUCUGUGCCAUCCAGUGGUCUCUGCCGCUGGACAGCUGCCCGCUGCUGUCGCUGCCCGACCUGUGCCCCGGCAUGCAGGCCAAGACCAGCUACACCAGCCUGGACCUGCGCCUGCUGCAGGAGGUCUUCAGCCGCUUCAAGGCCCUCGCCGUCGACCCCACCGAGUUCGCCUGCCUCAAGGCCAUCGUGCUCUUCAAGCCAGAGACCCGAGGCCUGAAGGAUCCAGAGCAAGUGGAGAACCUGCAGGAUCAGUCCCAGGUCAUGCUGGGACAGCACAUCCGCUCACACUACCCCAGCCAGCCGGCCAGGUUCGGGAAGCUGCUGCUCCUUCUCCCGUCUCUGCGCUUCGUCAACUCGGAGCGGAUAGAGCUGCUGUUCUUCCACAGGACCAUCGGAAACACUCCCAUGGAGAAACUGCUCUGUGACAUGUUUAAAAACUGAGGACCCCCCACUCCCUGCCCCCCGUGUGACGGGGUCUCACGGACAGUUCACCUCUCAAACUUUACGCAUGCUGGUAUUUUUGUAAAGGUCUCACUUGUACCUGCUUGUCGCUUCCACAUCAGCCCCCAGGACAAUGGAAAGGUUCAGCCCCGUCACCACAUCAGCACGCUCGCUGUCUGUCUGUUUGCAUCAUAUUUAGACAUUAUAGGAGUCAACGUUUGAAGUGGAUCGAUUACGCGCUGACGCGUGACGCACCGAUAUGUGUUCUUGUCCCGUGAGAUCAGAUAUUGAUGAAAUAUUUGGAUCAAAUGUUGACUACUGUGAGGAACUCCGUUUUGACGUUUAGUAUUUUCAUGUUUUUAUUUUCUUUUUUCUUCAAAUGUCCAAUGGAGAUGUUUGUUUUUUUUGUCCGUCAAUAGUUGGACUGUGUGCUCCUUCUUUCAUGAAUGUGACUUGUGAAUUCAUGGUGUCAUGCCUUUAUGAGGUAAAUCUGCUGCAACAGCUUUUGAUUAAAUAACGAUAUAAAUGUUUCACCACA